AUGUUGUCGAGUUCCAAAAAAGGGGUUUGCCUCAUAUACACGCGCUUGUGUGGUUAAAGGCAGAGACAGAAGAUCCAACGCCAGCCACGAUAAAUUCUUAUAUAUCCGCAGAGAUACCUGAUCCAUAUGUUGAUCCGCUUGGAUAUGCGCUUGUGGAAGAGUUUAUGGUUCAUGGACCUUGUGGGGAAUAUAAUCUGAAUUCUCCAUGUAUGAAAAAUGGAGAAUGUUCUAAGCGCUAUCCGAAGGAAUUUAAUGAGGAGACAACAAUUGAUGGUUUGGGUUUUCCAGUGUACCGUCGGCGUAACAAUGGCCGCUAUGUUACUAGGAAUGGAAUGUGUCUAGAUAAUAAAUGGAUUGUCCCAUAUAAUAUGGCAUUGUUGAAAAAAUUUCAGGCCCAUAUCAAUGUUGAGUGGUGCAACAAAACAAAUCUUCUAAAAUAUGUGUUCAAGUAUCGGCAUGAUAUGGCCAGGGCCCGUUUACAUUCUAUGUAUCAGUGUCCCAAUUCUGAAUCAGCGGGAAUUAAUGAAAUAGAUGAUUAUGCCAAGUGCAGGUAUCUCUCUACGUGUGAGGCAUGUUGGCGUACAUUUGCAUUUCAUAUUCAUGUUCGGGAGCCUUCUGUUGAAAGAUUGGUUGUUCAUCUUCCUAACAUGAACCGAAUUAUAUAUCGUGAGAGCGAGGAUCUUGAAAAUGUCAUAGAUAAUCCUAACAAGUAUAAAACUAUGCUCACUGAGUGGUUUGUUGCCAAUCAGCGUCACCAAGAUGCCCAGGCUUUGACAUAUUUGGAGUUUCCAUCCAAGUGGGUUUGGAAUGCAAAAACGAAGAGAUGGAGAAGGAGAGGGCGUAAGACAAAGUUUGGUCCUCCAAUUGGUCGAAUCUACAAUGUCCACCCUAGCACAAAUGAGCUGUUUUACUUGCGGAUGCUACUAACAGUAGUACCAGGAGCCACAUGUUUUGAAGAUUUGAAACUUUACCGUGGAAGAUUGUUUGGUUCAUUUAAGGAAGCUUGCCAGGCUCGUGGGUUAGUUGGUGAUGACAAUGAAUGGUUUCUUUUAUUUGAUGAAGCAAUCCAGUGGGCAUCUUCUUCCCAACUCAGGCACUUAUUUGUGACAGUUCUGCUAUUUUGCGGCGUCGCCAAUGGCCAGCGGCUUCUUGAUAAAUACUGGCGGUAUAUGAGCGAUGAUCUAUAUGCUCGGAUUGCCCAAUCUAUGAGCGAUAGUCGUGUGGUGAUUCCUUCCCAGUACUUGCAUGCUCAAUUAUUGCAGGAGCUUUCUAUUAUGUUUAGCAGGAAUGGUUAUUCUUUGGCAUCUUUUAAUAUAUCUACAGAUUCUCUUCUUAGUGGAAGACUACUUGGUAAUAGAUUGGUUUUAGAAGAGAUGCAGUAUGACAAGAAUAAUCUGAGGACCAUGGCUUCUUCUCUUUACCAGAAGUUAAAUCGAGAACAGCUAGGUAUAUAUGAUCAGGUAAUGUCUGCCGCAACUGGCUCAACUGGAAAAGUAUUUUUUGUUUCUGGCCACGGUGGUACCGGCAAAACUUUUCUGUGGACUGCUAUCAUCACAGCUUUACGAGCUGAUGAUCAGAUUGUUUUGGCGGUGGCUUCGUCCGGUGUAGCUUCCCUGUUGCUCCCAGGAGGGAGGACAGCUCACUCCCGGUUCAGAAUACCGGUUGAAAUUGAUGAGCGUAUAAUGUGCAAUAUGUCGCGCGGAACCAACUUGGCCGAGCUUGUGGAAAAGGCUAAAUUGGUAUUGUGGGAUGAGGCGCCAAUGACACGUAGGUGUUGCUUUGAAGCUCUAGAUAGAAGUAUGAGAGAUGUUCUUUCUGUGAAUGAUAGUUCUCGGAGUUUACUUCCUUUUGGUGGGAAAACUGUGGUUUUAGGAGGUGACUUCAGACAGGUACUUCCUGUUGUUGAAGGAGGCAGUAGGUCUGAAGUUCUUGAUUCUUCGCUCAUCAGAUCGCCUUUGUGGAGGCAUGUUACUGUUCUUAGGUUACGGAGAAACAUGAGGCUGUCUAAUCCUACACUUUCAGUGGACGAAAUUGCAGAUUUAGAUAUGUUUGCGCAGUGGGUUCUCAGUAUAGGCGAUGGAACAGUGACUAUGGCUGUACGUGAGGGGGAAGCCAGCCCUUCCUGGAUCUCUUUGCCACCUGAUAUAAUAUUGUUACCUGAUUAUGACUAUGUGUCUGCUAUUGUCGAUGCAAUAUAUGAUUCCUUCCUUGAGAGAUACUCUGAUCCAUCUUAUUUGGCCCAGCGUGCAAUUGUUUGUCCUACUAAUAAGGUUGCUGAUUCCAUAAAUGAUGUGGUAUUCUCUAUGGUUCCCGGUGGCGAAACGGUAUUUGAAAGUUGUGAUACUAUCUGCAAAACAAUGGAUAAUAUGGCAGAUGCUGAUCUAUUGUAUACUCCGGAAUUUCUUCACAAUGUUGAUCCCGGCAAUUUUCCACGUCACAGGAUCUCAUUGAAAGUCGGUGUGCCAAUAAUGUUACUACGCAAUAUUAACCAAUCUAUUGGACUUUGCAACGGUACCCGUCUCGUGGUUACCAGGCUAGACGAGUGGGUUCUUGAAGCCAAAAUCAUGACUGGAAGCAAUGUAGGCAAGCGUGUGUGCAUACCAAAAAUCGUGCUCAAUGCCCCAUCUACCAAGUGGCCAUUCACGUUGCAGCGCCGACAGUACCCAGUCCGUUUAUGUUAUGCAAUGACCAUUAAUAAGAGUCAGGGGCAAACGCUCGAGAAAGUUGGAGUCUAUUUGCCAAAGCCUGUUUUUUCCCAUGGACAGUUCUAUGUUGCUGUGUCAAGAGUGACAUCAAGGAGAGGAUUGAAAAUACUUGCACUUGAUGAAAAUGGAGAACCAACUACUCAAACGAGGAACAUAGUGUAUCAGGAGGUGCUCGAUUAUGUCUAAGGACAUUGAUUGCCUGUGAACGCUGAGGCAAUCCUAGAUGGUGUGUCUUCUACCUACAUGUUUCUGUGCAGGAACAGGACCAUACGUAGGGACUUGACUUCUGAUAGUCAGCUGCAAAUAUGUGUCGCUUAAGUUACUUCUACGUUAUGUAUGCUUUCUGCUACCUGCUGGUUCUGCAUCAUGGCACAUUCAAUAGUUUAUCUUUUGUGCCCUGUGCUGCUCUAUGCAGAGGACUAUCGUUUAUGCCAUCUGUCUUUGUACCACUUCUUAUCAUUGUAAUCAGUUCACUUGGGAAAGAUCCACAGUCCGCGUGUACUUAAUUUUCUAAUUUGGUUUUUCAGUUUAGAUCUAUUCAUAUGAAGACAGGAAACAAAACUUACUAGGUCGAGCACACACACAAAAAAA